AUGAGGUUAGUGGUAGCAGUUGCUGUAGUAUGCCUCGCGGCAACAUGGGCGAGGGAAUUGGGGGAGGAGGAGAAAGAUCUCGUUGCGGCUGCUAGCGGAAAGAGCCACCAUCACGAGGAAGGUGGCGGUCAUGAGCAUCAUGCGCAUCAUCACCACGAGCAUGGAGAGAAGGGCCAUAAAGGACACAAGGGACACCAUCAUCACCAUAAAGGUGAUCAUGGACAUCAUGGGAAACACCACCAUGAAGGUCAUCAUCACGAGCAUGGCGGCGGCCAUAAGAAACACCAUGAUGAACAUGAUCAUCACGGUCAUCACCACGAGCAUGGGCAUCAUCAUAAAGGUGGUAAACAUGGGCAUCAUAAACACCACGACAAAGGUGAGAAAACAGACGGCUACCACAAGAAAUACCAUAAAGAUCACUUCCACAAGGACCAUCACUUCUACGAUGACCAUCAUGAUGAAGGCAAGCAUCACAAACACGGUCAUCAUCAUGGACAUCAUGAGAAGAAAGGAGGUCACCACAAGAAGGGGGGUCACCACGAGCACGGUCAUCAUGAACAUCAUCAUGGUAAACAUGGUCAUCAUGAUAAGCAUCAUUACGAUGAGGAUCACAAAGGUCAUAAGGGUCAUCACGGACAUGAGGAGCAUCAUCAUCACCAUCAUGACCAUGGCAAGAAAGGCGGUCAUCACGAUCAUAAAGAUUGGGGUUUCCAUCAUGGAAAACAUUAA